GGACGCACCAGGAGCAGACGCCUCUAGAGCGGCGUGGACCUCCGACGCGCGCGUACAGCUUGUGCACGUCUCCCCACUGGCACGUGCCACCUCACCUGCGCACGCGCCUUCCGCCCGCCGCGCCAGAAUGACGUCACACGCACGACAUGCCGCCGCCCCGGUGGUCAGGUGGUUACUGGCGAGCUUCCUGGUGGUCUGGCUGCACCCCCACCCCGCAGGGGGCCAAGUGUCGCCUCCCAGAAGGUUCCGGAGCAAGGUGGUGAGUCCAGGUGAGCUGCUGGUGUCCUGGAAGGAACCCCGAGGUGCGUUCGAUGGCUACACGGUGGUCUACAGCACUCAGCCAGGUGGCCGGGAGACGCAGGUGGACGUGCCCAAAGAGGACGGCCAGCUGCUCCUCGCAGACUUUGACCCCGCCGCCGACUACGCCUUCCAGAUCUUUGCCCUGAGGGGGGCGCUGAGGAGCAAACCUCUGCUCGCCAAGCACCAAGGACCACAGACGCUGCAGGCCCAGAGUGGACAUGAUGGCAGCGCCAACGCCAUCGACCACAUCUCUGAGGCCCAGCAAGGCUUCACGUGCAGGACGGCGAGCAGCGCAGACUUGGUGAUCCUGGUGGACGGCUCGUGGAGCAUCGGCCGCUCCAACUUCAGGCUGGUGAGGAGCUUCCUGGAGAAGCUGGUGGAGGCCUUCUCUGUGGACUGGGACAAGACUCGCGUGGGUCUGGCGCAGUUCAGCGGGGAGCCGAGGAUCGAGUGGCACCUCAACGCUCACAUGACCAAAGCGGCCGUGCUGGAGGCCGUCAGGAACCUGCCCUACAAAGGCGGCAACACCUUGACAGGUCUGGCGCUGACCUUCGUGCUGGAGAACAGCUUCAAGGCGGAGUCGGGAUCCAGACCCGACGUUCCCAAGGUCGCCAUCCUGAUCACAGACGGGAAGUCGCAGGACGACGUGGUGGCGCCCGCCCAGAGCCUGCGCGACGCCGGCGUGGAAGUCUUCGCCAUCGGUGUGAAGAGCGCCGACGAGGACGAGCUGAAGGCCAUCGCCUCGCCGCCGGAGGACUCUCACGUGUACAACGUGGCCGACUUUAACGUGAUGAGCGACAUCGCCGACGUCCUCACCAGGAGCGUCUGUCAGAGGGUGGAGCUCCUCCAUCAGCGGUUGAAAGACCCGGGCGGCCCGCCUGCUGCUGUGGCUCCGCCCCGGGACCUGACCACCUCCGACAUCACGGCUCGAAGUGUCCGCGUGUCGUGGACGCCGGCAUCGGGCCAGGUGGAGCGCUACCGCGUGGUCUACUAUCCCGCUCAGGGCGGGCGGCCAGAAGAAAAGGUGGUCCCCGGGACGGAGAGCAGCGUGUCGUUGGACCACCUCAACUCUCUGACCGAGUACCAGCUGGCCGUGUUCGCCGUGUACCGCAGCGCCGCCAGCGAGGCGCUGCGGGGCAGUGCCACCACCUUGGCUCUGCCCACCGUGGACCAGCUGGACCUCUCUGACCCCUCCCACAAUACCAUGACGGUGCGCUGGAGGACCGCCCCCGGCGCUUCCGGCUACAUGAUCCUCUACGCUCCACUCAGCGCCGACGAGCUCGCCGACGAGAAGGAGGUGAAGGUGGCGUCCUCGGUGAAGGAGGCGGAGCUAGAGAGCUUAACACCGGCCACAGAGUACACGGUGACGGUGUACGCCAUGUACGGCGAGGAGGCCAGCGACCCUGUGACCAGCCAGCUAAGCACACUGCCGCUAACCCCCGCGAGGAACCUGCACGUGUCGGAUGUGGACCACAGCUCCGCCCGCCUCAGCUGGGACUCCGCCUCCAGGAAGGUGUCGGGCUACCGCAUCAGCUACACCACGAGCGACGGCGUGGAGAGCGGCGAGGUGGACGUGGGCCGUGCCACCGCCUGGUUGCUAAGCAACCUCACCUCGCUGACCGAGUAUACGGUGGACGUGGUCGCCGAGUACGAGGAGGGCCAAGCGCGGCCGACGACCGCCGUCUUCGCCACUGACCACGUCCCGGGACCGCUGUCGGCCAGGAGCCACGACGCCACCACUAGCGGCUUCCACGUGUCAUGGCGGGCGCCCGCCGCCGACGUGCUGCAGUACCGACUCCAGUGGACGCCUGAUGAUGACAGCUAUGAUGGCGGCUAUGAUGACAGUGGCGAGGUGCUGCUAGAUGCCAACACAAACACCUACCUGCUGACUGGACUCCGCCCCUCAGCCCGCUACCAGGUGUACCUGAGCGCCAUCUACAGGAAGGAGGCAGAGAGCGAGCAGGUGCUCCUGCUGGAAUCUUGCGUGGAGACAACCAGCACCAGCGCAGCUCCUCGCCACGGCGUGAGCAGCGUCACCGUAGACCAGGAGACCACGUCCAGCCUGCGGGUGUCCUGGCUCCUCCCACAGCAGGUCCACGCCCACCACCUCCGCCAUUAUCGCCUGGACUACGUCGGCGCCGGAGGCCAGGAGACGAGGACGGUGGAGAGCCCACACAACAGUCUGGUUCUGCAGCCGCUGGCGUCGGGCUCUGAGUACCAGGUGUCGGUGACGCCCGUGUAUUGGGACGGCGACGGGCCUACGGUGGCGGGGGUUGGACGAACGCUUCCACUGUCCCCGCCCAGGAACCUGCGGGUGUCGGAGGAAUGGUACAACCGCUUCCGGAUCAGCUGGGACACGCCGGCCUCUCCCGGCACCGGGUUCCGGGUGACGUACCGCCCGCUGUCGGGCCCCGGACCCGCCCUGGAGACCUCGGUGGGCGAGGACGCGCGCACCAUGAUGAUCGUCAACCUGCUGAGUGGGACCGACUACGGUGUGGACGUCGUGGCGUCCUACAGUGGCGGCUCCAGCGAGGCGCUGUCGGCACGCGCCAGGACACUGCGUCUGCUGGUGAGCGGCCUGACCUUGUACCAGGGGGGCAGCAGCAGCAUGUGUGCCCAGUGGCAGCCGCACCGACACGCCCACGCCUACAGAGUCCUCAUCCGCUCUCUAGUCGGCUCUCACGUGGAGGAGGCCAAGGUGAGCGGAGGGACCAGUCGCCAUUGCUUCCAGCAGCUGAGGCCCGACACGCCGCACAAGGUCAGCGUGUACGCUCUGCUGCAGGACGGGACAGAAGGGCCGCCCGUGUCCGCCACGGACAACACCCAACCCGCCACCACUGUGGCACCAACCACAACGCCAAGCACCACCCCACUACCCACAAUCCCCCCUGCCAAAGAAGUCUGCAGGGCGGCCAAGGCUGACCUGGCGUUCUUGGUCGACGGUUCCUGGAGCAUCGGUGACGACAACUUCCUGAAGAUCACCAAAUUCUUGUACAGUACUGCCGGAGCGUUGGACCAGAUCGGACCCGACGGCACUCAGGUGGCCAUCGCUCAGUUCAGCGAUGACGCUCGCACGGAGUUUGCGCUGAACGCACACCAGGACAAGGAGCGCCUCCUGGACGCCAUCAACAAGAUCUCCUACAAGGGAGGCAACACCAAGACAGGUCGCGCCAUCCAGCACGUGAAGGACAGCAUCUUCUCGCCAGAGGGUGGAGUCAGGAGGGGAGUCCCCAAGGUUCUGGUGGUUCUUACAGACGGCCGAUCUCAGGAUGAUGUCAUCAAGGUCUCCAAGGAGAUGCAGAAGGAAGGCUUUAUCGUUUUCGCCAUCGGCUUCGCCGACGCCGACUACGGCGAGCUGGUGAGUAUUGCUAGUCAACCCAGCGACAGACACGUCUUCUUCGUGGACGACUUGGACGCCUUCGAGAAGAUCGAAGAGAAGCUGGUGACCUUCGUGUGUGAAGCCGCCACCGCCACGUGUCCCUCGGUGGCCAUGAGUGGAGGCACGGUGCCCGGUUUCCGCAUGAUGGAAAUGUUCGGGCUUCUGGAGAAGAGCUACAGCAGCCUCGCCGGUGUUUCCAUGGUUCCAGGAACCUUCAACACAUUCCCGUGUUUCCGCCUGCACAGUGACGCUCUCCUGGCUCAGCCAACCAGGUUCCUUCACCCGGAGGGUCUGCCGUCAGACUACACCAUCACGCUACUGUUCCGCCUGCUACCCGACACCCCCCAGGAACCUUUUGCUGUCUGGGAGGUCCUGGACCAGAAGCAGGAGCCGCUGGUGGGCGUGGUCUUGGACAAUGGAGGAAAGACCUUGACCUUCUUUAACUACGACUACAGAGGUGACUUCCAGACCGUCACCUUCGAGGGUCCGCACAUCAACAAACUGUUCCAUGGAAGCUUCCACAAGCUUCAUGUGGUGAUCAGCAAGUCCAGCGCCAGUGUGCUGGUGGACUGUCACAUGGUGUCCACCAAGACCAUCAACGCAGCAGGGAACAUCAGCACAGCCGGGAUGGAAGUUCUGGGCAAGCUGCUUCGCUCCCGCGGGAGCAAGGACAACUCGGCACCGUUUGAGCUCCAGAUGUUCGACAUCGCGUGCAGUGCCUCCUGGGCCGCCAGAGACCAGUGCUGCGAACUUCCUGGUCUGCGCAAUGAGGCCCAGUGUCCCGCCAUGCCCAAAGCCUGCACCUGCACGCAGGACAGCAAAGGUCCUGCUGGACCCGCUGGACCACCUGGCGGUCCUGGGAUACGAGGAGCUCGAGGUGAACGUGGAGAGCCGGGUCCUGUGGGCCUGGCAGGACCAGUUGGUGAGCCUGGAGUGUCGGGUCCUCAGGGGCCCCCAGGACCACUGGGGCCCAGUGGACGCUCCAUCAGGGGCCCCCCAGGUGGUCCGGGGGAGCGAGGUCAGAAAGGGGAGGCGGGGCAACAAGGUCUACAGGGCGUGACGGGGCGAGGGGGCGUUCCAGGCAGGGAAGGACUUCCUGGCCCCCGGGGUGAGCCAGGUAAAGACGGCCCCCACGGCCGCCCGGGCCCCCCCGGUGUUAUUGGCAGUCCAGGAGCCCCAGGUGCCCCCGGUAACACGGGUGCUGCUGGGAAACAUGGAGAACUGGGACCGCCGGGCCCGCCUGGAUCCAAGGGCGACAAAGGUGAACGGGGAGACCAGCAGUCCACCAGCGCGGUGCAGGACAUCGCCCGGCAGGUGUGUGAGCAGCUGAUCCAGAGUCACAUGGCUCAGUACAACGCCAUCUUGAACCACGCGCCCAGCCCGUCGGUGACCAUCCGCACGGUACCGGGACCCCCCGGAGAACCCGGCAGACACGGACAGGCCGGCCCCCAAGGAGAGCAAGGCCCACCCGGGAGGCCCGGUUUUCCCGGACAAAACGGGCAGAACGGUCAACCCGGGGAACGAGGUCCCCUGGGUGAGAGGGGGGAGAAGGGCUCAGCUGGUGUGGGAGUCCAAGGCCCCAGAGGACCCCCAGGACCUCCUGGUGUGCCAGGACAAGGCCGGCCUGGCAGUCAGGGACAUUCAGGGCGACCUGGGACACCCGGAGCACCCGGCCGUCCAGGUGUUCCGGGCUCGGUGGGUCCUGCAGGACCUCCUGGGUACUGCGACCAGAACGCCUGCCUAGGUUACAACGUGGGAGUCCAGCUUCCGUCCAACAUCUUCCAGAACUACGGUGAGGCCGAGGACGAGGACCCGUACCGCUACUACCAGCCCGACUACCCGCCGCCUCGGCCCGUGGACGACGGCGAGCUGGACGCCGACCACUCAGAGCUGAUCCCUGAGGAGGAGGCGGGGCCGGCGUGACCACGCAGGAACAGGAAGUGAUGGAGUCGUAGUCUUUGUUGUUUUCUUGUUGGGUCCAGCAGAACUUUCUGAAGGUCACCAUUGGGACUGUCUGGCCGGUUGCCCUGGUAACCAAGGCAGCCGCCCCAGCCCCCGCCGUCACCACGCUCACCGGCAGUUGGCG